GUUCACCUUAGCAAGGCCAGGCUCUGCACCGGGGGACCCAGGGUGGCUGGCAGUGUGGGGUUAGAGGAAGGGCAGGAUGAGGGCAAAGAUUGCGGGUGAAGAUGGACAAGAAUUUAGAAGGUGCAGAGAGGGGCAGAAGGGCACCCGGGCUGCCUCAGACUGAAGUUCGCGGACCCAAGUUCACAGCCGGGCCCCAGGCUGGGGGCUCAGAGAGAAGGGACCUGAGCAUGAACAACCUCACGGAGCUGCAGCCUGGCCGCUUCCGCCACCUGCGCUUCCUGGAGGAGCUGCGUCUCUCGGGGAACCAUCUCUCACACAUCCCGGGAGGAGCGUUCUCUGGCCUCCACAGCCUGAAGAUCCUGAUGCUGCAGAACAACCAGCUGGGAGGCAUCCCUGCCGAGGCGCUGUGGCAGCUGCCGAGCCUGCAGUCUCUGCGCCUCGACGCCAACCUCAUUUCCCGAGUCCCAGAGAGGAGCUUCGAGGGGCUGUCCCGCCUCCGCCACCUGUGGCUAGAUGACAACGCCCUCACCGAGGUCCCCGUCAGGGCCCUCAACAACCUCCCCGCCCUGCAGGCCAUGACCCUGGCCCUCAACCGCAUCAGCUACGUCCCCGACUAUGCCUUCCAGAACCUCAGCAGCCUGGUGGUGCUGCAUCUACAUAACAACCGAAUCCAGCGCCUGGGGACCCACAGCUUUGAGGGGCUGCACAGUCUGGAGACGCUGGACCUGAACCACAACGAGCUGCACCAGUUCCCCGUCGCCGUCCGCACGCUGGGCAGGCUGCAGGAGCUGGGCUUCCACAACAACAACAUCAGGGCCGUGCCAGAGAGGGCCUUCGUGGGGAACCCCCUGCUGCAGGCCAUACACUUCUACGACAACCCGAUCCAGUCCGUGGGGAGGUCGGCGUUCCAGGACCUGCCGAAGCUGCACACGCUGUCCCUGAACGGAGCCACCGACAUCCAGGAGUUCCCAGACCUCAAAGGCACCACCAGCCUGGAGGCCCUGACCCUGACCCGCGCUGGCAUCCGGCUGCUCCCACCCGGGAUGUGCCAGCAGCUGCCCAGGCUCCGCAUCCUGGAACUGUCUCAUAACCGCAUCGAGGAGCUGCCCAGCCUGCACAGGUGCCGGAAGCUGGAGGAGAUAGGCCUCCAGCACAACCGCAUCUGGGAGGUCAGAGCCGACACCUUCCGCCAGUUGAGCUCCCUGCGGACCCUGGACCUGAGCUGGAACAUCAUCCGGUCCAUCCACCCGGAGGCCUUCUCCACCCUGCACUCCCUGGUCAAGCUGGACCUGAGAGACAACCAGCUGACCGCACUGCCCCUGGCUGGGCUGGGGGGCCUGGUGCACCUCAGACUCGGAGGGAACCCGGCUCUGUCUCAGACCUUCUCCAAGGACAGGCUCCCCAGACUGAGGAUCCUGGAGGCGCCCCACGCCUACCAGUGCUGUGCCUACGGCGGCCUCUGCACUGGCUUCUUCAAGGCCCCCGGGCCGUGGGAGGUGGACGACUUUCACCCGGACGACGAGGAAGCUCCCAAGAGUCCCCUGGGACUUCUCGCAGGACAAGCCGAGGGCCACUACGACCUGGACUUGGACGAGCUCCAGCUGCAGGUGGAGGACAGGAGGCCGCAGCCCAGCGUCCAGUGCAGCCCCGUUCCAGGCCCCUUCAAGCCCUGCGAGCACCUGUUUGAGAGCUGGGGCAUCCGCCUGGCCGUGUGGGCCGUGGCGGUGCUGUCGCUGCUCAGCAACUCGCUGGUGCUGCUGAGUGUCUUCGCGGGGGGGCCCGGCCCCCUGCCCCCAGUCAAGUUCCUGGUCGGUGCCAUCGCCGGGGCCAACACCGUGACUGGCGUGUCCUGCGGCCUCCUGGCCUCCGUGGACGCCCUGACCUUCGGCUGGUUCGCCGAGUACGGGGCUCGCUGGGAGUCGGGGCCAGGCUGUCGGGCUACGGGCUUCCUGGCGGUGCUCGGGUCGGAGGCCUCGGUGCUGCUGCUGACUCUGGCCGCCGUGCAGGGCAGCAUCUCCGCGCCCUGCGCCCGGGCUCGAGGGAAGGCGCCCGCCCUGGGCAGCGUGCGAGCCGGGGCGCUGGGCUGCCUGGCGCUGGCCGGGCUGGCGGCCGCCCUGCCCCUGACCUCGGUGGGGGACUACGGGGCCUCCCCACUCUGCCUGCCCUACACGCUGCCCGAGGGCCGGCCGGCCGCCCUGGGCUUCGCCGUGGCCCUGGUGAUGCUGCACUCCCUCUGCUUCCUGGUCGCGGCCUGUGCCCACAUCCGACUCUACUGCGAGCUGCCGAGGGGCGAGCUGGGGACGGCGUGGGACGGCGCCCUGGUGCGGCACGUGGCCUGGCUCAUCCUCGCCGACGGGCUGCUCCACUGCCCCGUGGCCUUCCUCAGCGUGGCCUCCAUGCUCGGCCUGGCGCCCGUCGCCCCCGAGGCCGUCAAGUCCGUCCUGCUGCUGGUGCUGCCGCUGCCCGCCUGCCUGAACCCCCUGCUCUACCUGCUCUCCAACCCCCGCUUCCGCGAGGACCUGGGGCGGCUCUGGCCCGGGGCGGGCGCCUCGCGGCCCCUGGUCUCAGCUGCUGCCAGCCACCUGCAGAAGAGCUCCUGCGACUCCACACAGGCCCUGGUGGCCUUUUCUGAUGUGGAUCUCAUUCUGGAAGCGUCUGAGGCUGGGUGCUCCCCCGGGCCAGAGACCUAUGGCUUCCCUGCAGUGGCCCUUGUCUCGCCGGGGGGCAGCAGGUUGGAAGGCGGCUGCUUUGUAGAGCCAGAGGGAACCCACUCUGGGAACCAGCAGCCCUCUAGGGGCAGGGAGCUGCUGCCGAGAGCAGAGGGGGCUGCGCCGGGUGGCGGGUGCUCGGCAGGGGGCAGGGGCGUCCAGUGCUCUGGCUCCGUCUUUGCCUCCCACGUGUAAAUGUCUCCCACCCUGCGUCCCGUCUGCUUCUCCCUCCCCUCCAUGGGCUGCUUGUGAAAUGAACACAGCCCACACUCAGCCCUGUCGUGCCCAGGAGGAGGGCCCCGGCUCUGGCUCCCUGGGCCCCAUGUCCAUCACCGGCGUGGGCUGUGUGGCCCGGUUUCCUCUGGGCUGUCCUUCGAGUGCUGCCCACUCACCUCUGCUUCAGGGAAGGGGCCCUCGUGGGGACAGGCCCGCAAGGGAUGGCCAAAGGCAUGUGGAUAUCUCCCCCACCACUCGUGGGUCGGACACAGCAUGUGCCCUGCGUCCCAUUAACCCAACAUGUGCCCAGCGGAGAUGCGUGGGGGACUACGGCACACAGGCUGCCCUCUCUGAGGGCCGCAGGCCACGCCCAUGCCACACAGGCUCUGACCACCCCUGCACAGGGGGCCCGUUGCCGCCAUCUCCCCCAGCUUCCCCAGCCGUUGGGUGCAGGGCUUGUCUGCCUGUUCAGUUUUCGUGGACGGCCGACCUCUCAGCGCUGCUCUCUCCCAGGGGCCCCACAAGGUGCCCUGAUCCCAGGGGCGCAACCUGAGUCAGGUGGGGACAUCAGCCAGCAGAGUUUGCACCUGCGAAGGACUGGGGUGCCGCCAUGUGUUGCCUCGUGCUGAAGCUGGGUCCUCCCUUCACAUCCUGGGCUCCACCUUCUCUGAGGGGGGUGGCCCUUAGCUAGAAAACUGGAGGGGCGUUUGUUGCAUGGGUGUGUUGUAGAAAGCAUGACAGAGACCGGGGGCCUGGGGACCCAGUAGGCCAGGACCCUUCUGCCUGGCCCGUCAUGCCUUCCCACCUUGCAGUUCGCUCGGUGCCUCUGAGCACCCCGGGGAGGCCCCUCCCCACCCAGACACACACACUGGGGACGAGGCAGUGGCAGCAGAACCACUCUGCAGACACACAAAGACAACCAGGAGGAUUCCUGUCCCGGGGCAUCCCGACAUUGGCCACAUCAGGACAGGGGCCUGGAAUCUGAGCGGGGGCAACAUGGCCCACUUCCCGAGUCUCCAGUCCUCAGCCAGCCCCCCAGCCCCUCAGCCCCCUUCCCAGGGCUCAGCUGUGAAGACCACCCUGAGACGGUCCUUGGGCUUCACAGCCUGGCUGUUCCGCGGUGCCCCCGCUGCUCCCAGACCGGGCGGGCGCUGACCCGAGUCCACAGUGUGCAUGGGCCACGCUGCCGAGACGUGGCUGAAACCAGGAGCAGAAUGGGUCCUUCCCUCUGUCCCAUCCGACCUGCUGAGGGGCCCGGACUCUCGCAGGCUCUGAAAUGGGUGUGCCGGCCUCGGGUCGGCCCUCUCCACAUGCACACGCUGCUUUGGUGGUGGGUCCUUCGGGAAUGCCAGGUGCACAUUAAGUGUGCUCUGGUUUGGGCACAGCGAACAGGCGACUCUUGGGUGGAGAGGUGCUCUCCAAGGUGCCCAGGGUUGAUAAAGUCGGUGUGACAUUGGCAGCCUUGACUUCUAGGAAGUCACCCAGACCCCACCCUUGGGGCUGGGAAGCCGUGGGGAGUGGGGUGUGGCCUGUAGGCCACGUGCAGGAGGUCCCGGAGUCAUGGACUGUCCAGGCAGGUGGCCGCUGCCAUGAAAGGGGCCAGUGCGCCUUGGCUGCCAUCUCUGGGGCGAGGCCAGAAUCGCAUCCCCGCGAGGACCCAAGCGGGCGCCCGGGCUGGCCCUGCUGGUCGGAAGAUGCGGGCAGAGCAGAGACAUCUUCCCCCAAAUCCUUUUCUUCGUCGGAAAACCUAGCAGACGUCAAGUGCACUUGCGUAAAAUAAGGCGGCGACGGGAAGUGUCUGGCUCUGACUCAGAAAGCGACUGGGCCACCCACCCCCCCGGGUCUCCAUGGUGAUCAGGAGACAGGGUCGGUUUUGUGUGACUUUGAUGAGACACUGAACCGCAAACCAAAUGAUUCAACGCCUAUAAGAGCAUUUUGUUGGGUCCACAAAAUCUCCCCAAACGGCGUCCUGCAGGGGAAGGACCUGUCGAAGGGCCGGGGCUCCGGGCACCUCGUCCCCUCCCAGAUCGGCCGGUGGAGAACUUCUUGAGGUCAAAAAACCAGGACUUUUGAAGUGCCCAGACACAGUGGAAGGAAACAGCCCCUGAACUUGGUGCUGAGAUUCCAGGACGAACAUGGCCUCCGGCUGGGCCUUCUCUCCGCCUCCUCCCCCACCUCCAGCUUCCCAGCCUCCUCCCCGACUUUGCUUUCCAGGAGGGGGCCAGGUUUAAGGAUUGGGGGGCGGGGUGCUGAUGACUCCGAGGGCCUGAGCGACUCGAGUGACGGAGGUGCCAGUGCUCCUUCCUUCCUGGCCCCCCCUGUAACUACCUCUGCUCUGGGGCGGCCACGGCCCCCACCCCACCCCCGUCACUCCUGGGUCGCGGUCCCCCCGUGUCUCGGCUGUGUGAGGUAUGAGAACCGUAAAGUGUAC